ACAAAAUAAUUAGUCUUCAAAAACUGUUUCAAGUAGCAAGUACAGUUUGUUUGUCGCUUAGACAACCAAUAAAGGUGUCUCUCACAAAUCCAUUUUCACGGUUGUAUACAGCUAUAUGCAUACGCAAUGACAACAAUAAAUAUUUUUGAUAAAAUACCGUCACGGCUGAUGACUGGAGUUAUGAUAUUCUUUGCAACUUUCUUCUCAUACAUGCUUCGAAAUGCCAUGUCCAUAAACAUUCUAGCAAUGGUUAAGCCAACUAAUCUAAAUGAGAAUGAGAAUGGAACGAUUACGGACCCACCAAAUUACGGACCAGAAAGGUUGGACUGGUCGGCUUAUCAGCAAAGUUUGUUACUCGGUUCAUUCUUCUGGGGAUAUGCCAUAACGCCACUACCUAGCGGAGUUUUGUCUGACAAAUUUGGUGGCCGUCGCUUAGUCGGUUAUUCAUUUUUGAUCAGCUGCAUCCUAGAAGCCGUAACUCCGGUAGCUUCUGCAUCUUUUUGGGUAUCUUUUAUGGUCCGGUUUCUGAUUGGAUUCUUUUCGGGCACACUGUAUCCAGCAUUACACAAGCUCGUUUCAAAGUGGGCACCACCCGAAGAAAAAGGAAAAUUCGUAAGUGCAUUGGUCGGUGGUGCGAUUGGGACAGUGGUCACAUGGUCGGUAGCUGGCUAUCUGGUAGAGUCCGUUGGUUGGGACUACGCAUUUUACGUGCCAGCAAUAUUAUCGGGGUGUUUUACAAUCGUUUGGUUUAUUACGACAUUCGACGAUCCUGCUAGCCAUCCACGAAUAUCGACGGAAGAGAAAGAGUACAUUGAAAAUUCGUUACUUGGUGUCACGUACACAAAGCGCUGGCCGCCAUUGGUACAUGUCUUUAAGUCCAUACCAUUUUGGGCUUUGCUAAUUUUACAUUAUGGCAAUCUCUGGGGACUGUACUUCCUAAUGACUGCGGCCCCGAAAUACAUGAACGAGGUGCUAGGAUUCAAUUUAUCGAAAUCCGGUAUCUUGGCCAGUCUACCAUAUCUGGCGAGAUUUUUCGCAGGAUUCAUUUUCGGAUCGAUCGGAGAUCUGAUUCGGAAGAAGCAAUGGUUCGAAGUCACAACCAUCAGGAAGUCAUUCUGCUUAUUCUCUCAUAUCAUUCCCGGACUAUUUCUUAUUGCUCUGCCCUAUGUCAAUGAGAGACCAGCUGUUUGCGUUGCAUUUGUUACGUUAUCCUUGGGUUUCAAUGGAGCUGGAACUAUGACGAAUCUUCAAAAUUCACAAGACCUAGCGCCGAAUUAUGCUGGCACGGUGUACGGAAUCAUCAACUCCAUUGGAACGACAGCUGGUUUCAUCACACCACUCAUUGUUGCUCAUUACACGCAAGAACGGAGUACAAUCGACGAAUGGAGUUCUGUUUUUCUGAUCGGAGCAAUUGCAUACAUUGCACCAGCAAUACUUUUCAUCAUAUUCGGUAGUGGCAAAAUUCAAUAUUGGAAUGAUCUUGAUCUUCCGAAAACGGACGACCAUAAGAGCGAAGAAGAGUCAUCGACGAAGCGGAAAAAUUAAAAAUUCUUUGAACGUAUAAUAUGCGAACAGUAAGUCUCUACGGGGAUCGUGCUAGUCAUUGCUAGUCAAACAUUUGAACAACGUUUUUGUCUUUGUAAUUGAGAAGGUCUCUAAUAAAUGAUAAGUGGUGGUAAA